UGGCCAAGUGGGAGGGGAAGGGGAGGAAAGAUCAGGUCAGGAAUGAAGCUGGGCCGGCGAUGCGGUCGAUUUCUUUUUCGGCACGCGCCAAGAGCCGCCUGGACUUCCGCCCGCAACUCCGUCUUGCUCCAUCAUCAUCCUCUCCCCUCGGUGACGUGCCGUCAAUUAGGCUUCGGCUGGCAGCCAAUUGUCUAUCGUCUAUUGUCUAAUCCCGUUCUACAUCGUUGCUGUGGGGGAUUGAACACGCCUCUUUCUCCUCCCCGCGACCCAACAACAUGCAAUCCCACCUUACCAGGAGGGUCUUUCGGGCCAUCCUGAAUAACGAGCCCCUUCCCUCGUCGCGCUGUCACUAUCGCUUCCUGCAUACCGCUCGUAGCCAUCGAUCCCGGAAGCUAGGCCCUCUGGGUCCGUACCAUGUCCAGCGACGCGGGCUUUUCGCCUUUAACGCGGUCCCCAAUGCCGGUCCUCAAACUGCAAUCCUGCCGUCCGAAACUGGCCUGAAGCCAAUGAGGGACUUGUUGAGGUCCCUGAGUGACCAAAGCAGAGGCCCCGCCAAUGGAAUUUUGGCAAAGGCUUUCCAGGACUUUAUCGUUGCGCGCGCGGAAGCCCCCGGGGUCAUUACGAGCUUCCAUGCGAAGCUGCUGGUUACCACCUGGAAAUACCUACGAGCUCGCGAGGAAGAGUUGGAGCCCGAGGAGUGGCAGAAGGUCUUCUCAACUGAAAAUCUCGAAAACGUUCUCUACGUCCUGGCCGAAGCGAAAUGCCUGCCCGAGUCGCACGAAGUCGUGCGGAAAAUGGCCCGUCUGGCUUUCUUGGAGCUGUGUGACGAUCAUGGAUUUGGGCACAACCACAUCAGUCGGCCUGCGCUCCUUUCAUAUAUUUACGUCCAGGCAAUGCUUGGUAAUCCGCAGGAAGCCCGGCAUGUGGUCGAGAAUUUCUGGGAUAGACUGAGCAAGACCAGCCCUUCCCCUUGGCUUACAGUCAUGAGAGGGUUUGCUAUCAUCAAUGACAGGUCUGAACUGAGACGCACCACGGAAAGGCUUCACGAACAUGGCGUCGAGUUUGACGAACACGCCCAUGAAGAAUUGCUCAAUCUCCUUGUCGAGCAAGACCUAUAUGCAGCCGUGGAAACGGUUUAUGAGUGUCUUGCACCUUAUGGGCAGGAACCCUCUAUCAAGGCAAAAGCAACUGUGAUCCGAUACGCGAUCCUGAAAGGUGAGACUGUUUGGGCAGCGUCUAUCUAUAAGUCACUUCCGCAGUCCCAGGUUACCGAGACCAUAGGUGUGACGCUGCUCUGGGAAGCAGUUCAAACUAACAGUGCUGCUGCCGUCUUGGAGAAGGCCAAAAUAUUGACGGCUGGAAAUCAAGAUGCAAGAGACUCAUUGAGCAUUGCAUGUGUGAACGAUAUGAUCGAGUACGCGAAUUCCGUCAAGAAUCCCGAAUUGGCCGCCGAUCUUGCUUCUCUGGCUUCCCAGUGGGGCCUGCAGCCGGAUAUGCAGACGCACCUAUUGCGACUGGAAUCCUAUAUUCAGGCAGGUGAUGUGAAGGCGGCAUUAGGUUUCAUUCACGACAUGCAAGACCCAGAAACGAUCAUGAUGGAGAACAUGCCGUUGAUGAACAAGCUGAUUACGGUGCUCUGCUUGUCAAGCCAGGAGGAUGCCGUGAUGGAACAAGUGACCUCGCUUCUUGAUCCUUUAUUCGAAAACAAUGUUCGGUUAGAAGCCGAUACCUUAGCAGCGUUGACGCACAUGCUAUUGUACCGUCAUGACUGGGAGGGCGUCUCCGAGCUACUUCGUCCCCGCCUAGGCACCUAUGACUCGGAAGAACGGAUAAAGAUCCGCAAUGCUCUUACUGAUUUCAUUACCGACCUGAGCCAGGAGAGCGAUGAUGUCUGGGAAAUGUACAACCUGCUCCAACUGGCCUUCCCCGAAGCCGGAGUGAGUCUGCGAACCGAGAUCAUGACGUCGUUCUUCAAGCGGAACCGAAGUGACUUGGCCUUCUUGGUCUUCGGACACAUGCGACAGGCGGAGGAUUUUGCGCGGCGGCCGAAGCCCAACACGUACGCCCGGUGUUUCCAGGGCCUCGCCCGGACCCAGGACGCCAAAAACGUGGAGCUAGUCCACAACAUGCUCAAGCUCGACGUGGAGGUCGACCUCAACACGCGCUUGCUGAACGGGCUCAUGCUCGCGUACGCAGCCUGUGAUAUGCCGGAGAAAGCAUUGGACGUCUUCCGCGACAUUCUCCAGUCGGACGAAGGCCCGUCGCAGAAAACCAUUGCCAUCUUCUUCAAGGCGUGCGAGAAACACCACAACGGGGUCCAGGAGGCGAUCAAAAUGAUGAGCAAGGUCAAGCGUCUCGAGAUCAGCGUCGAUCGUCAAUUAUACAUGGCCUACGUCGAGGCUCUAGCCGGGCAGUGCGAGUUUGACCUCGCCACUGAAGCGCUGGACAAGAUGCCUAGCGAAACCGGCUUCCAAGUAACCCGCAACUCUAUCGGAUUACUCUACAACGCCAUCCCCUACCAAUACUGGAAAGACGAAGUCGAAAAAUGGGCUAAGGCCAAAUACCCGGAGCAGUGGGCACAGCUGGAACAGAUCGAACGCACCGAGUACGAAGAGGGGCCGAAGUUCAACAUCAAAGACAACGAAAUCAUUGUCUAGUCGACCAUGUACUUGUAAAUACCUGAUUGUACCAACUAGUAUAAACAAACCUCCACAACGUCCUUUCUUCAGCGAACAUAGCCUGCAAGCAGAUUACAUACACAAUCGUAAGCCUCGUUUCGCAAUGAACGUCCAUCUCUCCCCUCAAAUGCAUCCAUUCUUUGUAAACUAUGGAUGAGAGUGGCUGCCAUCCCAGGUCAAAGGCUACCGAGCUAC